AUGGCCGGUGAAGUUGGUUCGAAUAAUAGUAGAAAUAGUUCAGAGUAUACAAAUUCACCAGAUUUCAUUAGUGAUCACACCGAGUUCGUCGGUCGAGGCAGUAUUGAUACUAAGAGGAAAAACAAGAGGAGCCGUAGUACGAGUAGAAGCAGGAUCACACCGACGGUAUUGAGUCUAUCGGAUGAACAGUUUUAUGAAGAAUUAGAGGAUUACGUUAAAGACAUGUCGGCGUCUACCAUCGAGUCGGGAGUCGAAGAUGUUUGGAGUCAAUUACAACAGAAGGAGUCUGAUUUGCUGCUGGCAGCGGAGCUUGGGAAGGCUUUGCUGGAGAAGAAUGAAGAACUGAAGAAGGAACAGGAGCGUCUAGCUGAAGAAUACUCCAAGAAACUCGAGGCCUUGGAACAAGAGAAGCAUCUCCUGCGACGUCGUCUGGACACCGAGCAAGGGGAGUACGAAGCCAGACUUCUGGAACUUCAGAAUGACAUCAAAGAACUCACCGCCAAGAUCGACUCCAAGGACAAUUCAGUUAAACAGAGAGAAGAAGAAAAAACCGGUCUUAUAGCAGAAUUAACAGCACAGAAUUCUCGUCUAACAAAUCAACUGAAGGAAUCAUCUGCUGUCGAAGCACAGCUUCUAGCGCAACUAGAGUUGCUCAAAGAUCAAUGCUCCGUAAGAAAAACAAGCCUGCAAGACCAUGUGCAAAGCCUGGAAUCCCUCAAAGCUGAACUGGCUCUCAUGAGCGAUAAAAGGGCGGAUUUAGAAAGACGGCUCACCACAUCUCUAAGAGACAAAGACAGCUUGAUACAACAGUUAGAUGAAGCUAACGACAGGAUCUCAGCCUUGGAGAGGCAGUUGAAGGAACAGGAACAUCUAUACCAAAAUACUCUCAAGGAGUUGGAGCGUCUGCAGAGAUCUCAUGACACGUUGGCAGAAAGAGUCGGUUCUGAUCCAGUGGAAACCACGAACAUUCCAAGGUCUUUACACGCGGAACUGGAAUCGGAACCAGAAGAAGAUGAGAACUGGCUAAGAUCAGAAGCUGUUCAAGUGUUCAAGCAGUUAAGAGCAUUAGCCCUCCAACUGAAUACAGGCCAUGACGAUGAUUCCGGUCUACAUUCAGAUCUAUCUUUAACCUCUCUCGAUGGUGAUGAUGGUGAGACUCUUCGUCGUGGCGCAUUAUCUGCUGCUUGUGCUGAUGCUGUUGCCGCAUAUGCAGCAUUAGAAGGAUCCAGAGUGAGAGAUUCCAUCGCCUCUCACGCUCGUCGCGCCAUGGAGAGAGAGAGACAGAUAGAUGAGAAGAAUGAGAUUAUAGCGGAACUAUCGUCCAAGCUGUCAGUGGCAGAAGUUGAGCUGCGAGCGUCAGUUGAUGAGAGAGAUAAGCUGUUGAAUGACGCGACAUACAGCAGCUUACAGCAUGACGAAGCUGUCACCAAAGCCAGGCAGGAGAGGGAUGAAGCUAUCGAGAGGAAAAAGGCCAGUGAGGUCGCUCUGGCUAAGACACGCGUGGAACUGAUGCAGGCUAACAGCCAGUUGUACGAGGCGGUGAGACAGAAGAUAGACCUGGGACAACAGCUUGAGCAGUGGCAGAUGGACAUGCAGGAGCUCAUAGAUGAACAGAUGAAGCACAAACUGACUUCACAGGAGAAGCGUCGCAAGCUCCCCCCACCACGCGCGCCGACACGCACCGAGAGAUUAUUCGGUCUCUUUCAUCGGUAA